UAUUAUCCCAAAAAUAGUCAAGCUAGUUGAGUUUUUUAAAAUCCUUGAAUUAGGUCUAAGAGUUCAAGCAAUGCUCAUGUUUUAGCAAACAAUGUUUCAUAAUUCUGACGAAGACAGAACUUUGCUUAACAACAUACAAAAAAGCUGCUCACCAUGGCAAAUAUUUAUUCAACGUCUGCUGCAAAUAAGUCGACUCUGAAUAGUAUAAAAAGCCGAGCAUUGUUCUAAGACUAUAUCACAAUUUCUAGAUACGUUCUUGGAUAAUAAUCUAAAAGCAAGAGAAUGAAAUCUUUUACAAUCGUCCUAACCUGUGCUGUCUUGACUGUCUUCUUCGUCAGGAGCAGCGAUGCAGUCGCCUGUUCAACAACUGUCACCACCGAUUGUACGGAUUGCACAUUAACUGCCAACGCUGAUGCAGCUGAUUGUACAACAACAACAACAACCACAACUGAGGCAUCCGUUACCCUGAAACCCUCUCGCCGCAUGGUUGUCAGCGUCUCCAAUCUGAAAUAUACGAAUGUGAGACGUAUUCGUGUGAACCGCAAUGGAUCUAGCUCCAGCAGCAGCUCAAGCUCUGGAACUUCAAGCAGCACUCGCAACAGCCGCAGGACCAACAAUCGCUCAAGUCGCCGUGGCCGCAAUGUUCGUGUUCGCAGGGGUUAG